UCACAUGUUAUAUUUGAUGAAAUGAGAUUGAUUUAAAGUUUAAUAGAUUUUUGUCAUUACAAGAGAUAAAACAAUAGGUGAAAUUAUAGAGAAUAUGCUUGUAGAAUUUUGGUCAUUAGUUUCUUGCAUGAACAUGUUUAUGAUCUAUUAUAUUAAAUAAAUUCAUUUUCACCUAUUUUCAUUAAUAAUUCUUAUGAUACAAAAUCACAAAUAAUGUAUCUUGAGAUAUCAUACAAUCAUUAAUAUUAGAAGUUGUUGUAACCAUCAACACAACAAUAAUUUAUUCUUUAGAAUUUUUUUCAAAAUAUUGAAUCUCAAAAAAUAAAUAAACAAUUAAAACAAAAAUAAAAAACCCUAUAGAUUUUCACUAAUUCAUGUGAAAAUUAUAUCUAAUAACUUUGAAAUUGCAAGUAUGCAUGACAAUACCUUAAUUAUCUACAUUGUGUUAAAUCUCAUAAUUUUGUAAUAUAUAUUUUCAGAAAAAAUAUUUUAAUAUCUAUAAAAGUCAUAUUGGUUAAAAUUUUGAUUUGUGUUUUUACUCAAUUGAAAAAAAUGGUAAUGCUCAUUGUAAAAAUAAAAAAUAUAUAUAUUAUAUUUAAGUGUGAAACAUCACGAUUAAUUUUCAAUUGCAUAGUUAUAGUGUAAAUAUGAAAUGUAUUUUGUGAUCUUAUUUGAAACAUCACAAACCUCUUCUAACAUUGCAAGACAAUACAUCAAUUCCACAACAUAGGUUUAGAACGACAUAUGACAUUAAUUAAAAAGUGGAUUUUAAAUAUGAAUCUUGUAUUAAUAAUACAUUAUCCAUGUCCAAUUGAAACAUAAGCAAAGAAUUACAAGAAGAAGGAACUAUAUCAAUGGAUAUGGAAGAGAAGGAGGAAGUGGAUUUUCUCCCUCAAAGCCCAUCUCAUUCCACCAUCACCAGUUGUCAAUUACUCAUAUAUUUGCUAAAUGAUGCAAUAACAAUGCUUGGAUACUUGGGCAUGAUGACGGAAGAGAUUUUAUGUUGGAAGUGGAUCCCAAUUCAUGAUUUUGAAGUUGGAAAUGAUAAGGAUGAUUUAGUGUAUGAAGGGGAAAACUACUCUGAAAACUUGGAAAACAUGAAGGCAAAAAGUAUAGAAGAAAAAAUGAACAUUGAGAAUUGUGGUGGAAAAUUAGACUUACAUGUAGAAAGUAAUAGUUUUGAUCAAACAAAAAAAACAUGCGUUCUCAAUGAAGGUCCUCACCAAAGAGAACCUAACAUGAGGACAAGAAUUAAUGAUAGGAGAAGAACACGUAAGAAAGUGAAACAAAAUAUUAACAUGAAAAAACUUGAAGAACAAAAGCAACUACAUAAAAAAGAAAUUAUUGAAGAAAGAGUGCUUGUUGAGAAUAACAAUUUAGAAAACAUUGUAAUUGAAGAGAAUACGUUUGAAUGGGUGUGUAGUGGAAAAUCGCCUCGUUAUUGUCAAAAGAGGGUGAUAGAGCCACUAUGGCAUGGUUACUUUGGAAAUAUGAGCUACAAAGAUGUUUCCCCCAAAAAUGAUGAAAAUGAUUCAAACGACAAAGAAAUAAUACAAAACGUUGAAAUCAAAGAACAAGGUAAAGAAGACUUAGACCCACAUGCAAAUAAAGAGUGCAUUUAUCCCAUAAUUGAAGAAAUUGAUGACAAGCUUGUUUGCAUGGAUGAUGAAGGCAAUCCUUUGAAAGACAAUGAAAAAAUAAAAAUAAAAAUAAAUGUUUACAAGAAUAGGUAGAUAUGGAAAUAUUAGUAGAAAGCUUGUUUGUGUAUGCGGAAACCACACGGGUAUGGAAAGAAGAAUGGGAUACAUUUUCAAAAAUGCCAGAGCACCAUUCUGUUGUUAGUGUACCCAAAAAUAGUGUGAACUGUGAAAUUGAUGGAGUUGAAUUCAUACCAAUGAAUGAUACAACACUGAUUAAGUCAACAUGGAAUUUUGUUUGCUAUAUACUUAAUCAAGAGUAUGCAAGGGAUCAAUUAGACCAACUGGGACUUGAAACACAUCCUACUUUUUGCUAUUUGAUUGACUGUCUUAAGAAGAUUAAAAAUCUUGCAUUGCAAAGAUUCUCAACAACUGUUGUAGAAGAUGAAGCCAUUGAAUCUUACCGCAGAGACAUGUUUGAUUCAAAAGCAUUGUUUGAGAAAGAAGAUCAGAGAUGGAAAAAUGACUUAGAAAAUGCUAGAAAAUCACAUGAACUUGAUUUGUUUCAAUACCAAGAUGAGGAGAAGCUCAUUCACCAGGACAAGAAUGAUGUUGUAAUGCUUGCCAAGAAAAUGGAAGACAAACUCAAAACCAAUUUCCUUGAAUUAGAAGCUCAAGAGUUUUCUGUUUUUAGUGCUAAAUACAAUGUGUUAUUGAUAGAGAAUGCAAAAAUGGAAGAAGACUUGUUUGAUUUGCAAUUGAAAAACCGAGAUAAAGAACUUCAACAACGUGGUAAAAAAGGUCAAAGCAUAGAAGAAGUAGAAGAGUUGAUAGCCACAUAUGAGAUUGGGAUCAAAUCUAAGACUAAAGAACUGGCAGAAUCAACAACUGAGCUGAACACACUUCAAAGUUAUUUUUGUAAAAUGGAACAUUUCUUUGCAGAAAAAGCUCGUAUGGCUGAAAUUAAAGAGAAUGAAGAAAGAAUCAUUAGAUUAAUUAAUGUGGAAAAAAGAAGGAAAAGGUGGUUACCAUAUUAUGCUGCUUUGCGAAUUCAAAGAUAUUGGGCAAGAUACAAACUUCGCAAACAUGGUUCUUAUGAAAAGGGCAAGGGCAAGAAGAACAAAAGCAAAAAAAGCAAGAAAGACAAGAAAAAAAAUUUAACAUGACAAAGUUUUACUUUUUAACUUAUUCAUUUAUUUUGAUGGUCUAAAACAAGACUUUGCAAGCAGAGGAGUUAAAAUCCUUUAGACAUCGCUCAACUGAUGUUCUUAUUUUUUUAGGUUUAUGUCUCACUUCUUUGAUUUUUUUAUCUUUUCUUCAAAAAUGCAUUCAAUAAAAUUCGUUUUUUGGUAAUAUUUACACAUAACAUAUCUAUAUGUCUAUCUAUAGAUAGAUAAUUGAUGAUAACGAACAAAGUAAAAGUGAUCAUGAAUAAAAUGUUAUUUUUACACUUUGCACUA